UUUAACUCUUGAAUUAUCAUACCAAUACCAUGCAGUAGUCCGAUGUGGUCAUUUAACGGAGGAUUUAUCCCUCUAAUAAGUAAAGUCUUAAGCAUAGCAAGAAAGAGAGCAAAGUCAAUAAUUUAGGCAUAUAGUCAGUGACCAAAGUCUAUGGAAUUCCGCAUUCCUUCACUGCAGAAAAUUCUUCUUUCACAAAAUCAAUUCAGUGGUCACCUCCGGCUUGGUGACCUCCAUGGUGAGGCCUCUUUACUAGAUACUCUUGAUCUUAGUAGCAAUAAGUUACAAGGGCCACUUCCGGGGUCUGUAUUUGAACUUCAAGGUCUCAAGAUACUGUCACUUGCUUCAAACAACUUCAGUGGCAUUAUACCGCUGAGUGCCAUUCAGAACCUGAGAAAUAUUUUCAGCCUUGAUCUCUCCCAUAACCAGUUGUCUAUUAAUGCCAAUGCUACUAAUCCUUCCUUGCCUUCCUUCCCCAACGUUACCAAAUUGAAUUUGGCUUCUUGCAAUUUGAUGAUAUUCCCUGAUUUCUUGAAAAAUCAGUAUAGAUUAGUCUAUCUAGACCUUUCAAACAACAAUAUCCAUGGAGAAAUACCCAAAUGGAUUUGGGAAGCCAGAGGUCUUCAUCACCUAAAUCUUGCUCAGAACUUUCUUGUAGAAUUCGAAGGACCUUUGCAGAAUAUAACUUCUACUCUUACUGUUCUUGACCUUCAUGGCAACCAGUUGCAAGGGAAAAUUCCAUUUUUUCCGCAAGAUGCCACCUAUCUGGAUUACUCAAACAACAAUUUCAGCUCUGAUUUACCAGCUGAGAUUGGAGACUACCUAAAUUUCGCUUAUUUCUUCUCUCUCUCGAGUAAUAAUUUUCAAGGGAGUAUCCCCAGUUCAAUAUGCAACAGUACAUAUCUUCAAGUACUUGAUCUGUCUAAUAAUUCCCUGAGUGGUGGAAUUCCUGAAUGCCUGACACAUUUCAGUAUGUCUCUUGGGGUGCUGAAUCUAAGGAGAAACAAUCUCAGUGGUGUCAUUUCUGAUACAUUUCCGCAAGACUGUGGGUUACAAACUCUAGAUCUAAAUCGAAACUUACUGCAAGGAAAGGUUCCAAAAUCCUUGGCCAAUUGCAAAAUGCUGGAGGUUUUAGACCUUGGAGACAAUCAGAUCAAUGAUACGUUCCCAUGUCAUUUGAAGAAUAUAUCCAGGUUGCGUGUCGUUGUUUUACGAGCCAAUAAAUUUAAUGGGAACAUUCAUUGUCCUGAGAAGAGCCCCUGGCCUAUGCUUCAGAUUAUUGACUUAGCUUCCAACAGUUUUAGUGGUAGAUUGCAUCAAGAAUUCUUGUUGACCUGGAAGGCCAUGCAGGCUGUCGAAGAUGAAGCGCAAUCACAGCUCAAACAUAUCUACUUUGAAGUCCUGCAACUCAAUCCAUAUUACUAUCAGGAUGCAAUAACAGUUACCAUCAAAGGCUUAGAGUUGGAGCUGCUGAAGAUCCUAACAGUGUUCACCUCCAUUGACAUUUCAUGCAACAAAUUUCAGGGGCCAAUUCCAGAAGUGAUCGGAACAUUCAAAGCACUUUAUGUCCUUAACCUUUCUCAUAAUGCUUUCACAGGGUCAAUCCCAUCAUUUUUAGGAAACCUGAGACAACUUGAGUCCUUGGACCUCUCAAGUAACAACUUUCAUGGUGAGAUCCCUCUCCAGCUGGUAAACCUUAAUUUCCUUGCAUUUCUAAACGUCUCAAACAAUAAGCUAGUGGGAAUGAUCCCAACGAGUACCCAGCUUCAAUCAUUUUCAGAAGCUUCUUUUGAAAACAAUGCUGGAUUAUGUGGACCUCCUUUAAACACAGAAUGCCAAUUGCCACCAGCUACUAAAGACAACUCUUCCGAAUGUGGGACUGGGAGCCACAUCAACUGGAAUGUUAUAGCUGCUGAGACAGGUUUUUUCUUUGGGUUUGGAAUUGUCAUUACACCAUUAAUCUUUUGGAAGAGAUGGAGGAUAUGGUAUUUUAAGCGCAUUGAUCGUGCUCUUAUUAGGCUUCUACCUUGGCUGGUUCUUGAAGUCAGAAAGCAUGGGAGGAGAGCUAACUGGAACCAGAGGAGGAGGCUCUAGCAACAAUUGCAGGAAUUGAGUGAAAAGAAUUUUAGAUAUCUCCUUUAUUGUAUUUUCUAGUUUCUGGCUUCUGUUUCACCUAUAUGCUUUUUUUUGCUGCUUCUCUUUCCACCCUUUGCUUUCCUUGUAAAAGUUUUAUCCUGGUUCUUUUGGAACAAAUUGAAUUAUGCCAAAAGAAAUGGGUUGCGUUCGAGCUAAGUUGUAUUCGAGGCUAGCAUUCUGUUGGUUUUAGGCAAAUAAAAGAUGCCUCCACUAGCUGAUCAUCCUUACACGAUUGCAUUAAUGACAGAACGCUCAUCAGUUGGACAACUUAUCCAAUAUGACACUUUUGACAGGAUCUAAAAAUUAAUCUAAUACAUGCCAGAUA